AGCCAAUGUUCUGCUUUUCUUCACCACACAGACCUUGGUAGGUUCAAUAAUAUAAGUCCUAUCUUAUCCAGAAAAUAAAUGGACUGGAAAGCAAUUCUCAGAGAAGCUAGCAAACAAAGGGCUCAUUGAGUUUGAUUACUAUUACCGAAUGCAAUAGUGGCAUUGGAGUUAGCAAUGGCAGCAUCUUCCUCUUACAUGGCUUGUGCAAAGUUCUCCAUGCUGGGCUGGCUUGGAGGCAGCAGAGAACUGAAAAUGAGACGCGUAACGUCCGUUUCAGCUCAGCAGCAAGCUGAAGUCCAAGAAUCACAAGAAGUGAAUGCGCGAGAAGAAGAGAAAGUGAAGCAACCAGUACAACCAAGACCAGUGGAACCACAAGUUAACGUAAAGAGCAAGAACAUGGGCAGGGAAUAUGGAGGGCAGUGGCUCAGUAGCGUCACACGGCACGUGAGGAUCUAUGCUGCUUACAUUGACCCAGAAACCUGUGAAUUCGAUCAAACUCAGACGGAUAAGCUCACCCUUAUCCUCGAUCCUACAGAUGAGUUCGUUUGGACAGACGAGACUUGCUACAAGGUUUACUCCUACUUCCAAGAGCUUGUGGAUCACUACGAGGGUGCCCCAUUGACAGAAUACACACUGCGACUGAUUGGUUCGGAUAUAGAGCACUACAUAAGGAAGCUGCUGUAUGAUGGAGAAAUCAAAUACAACAUGAAUGCAAGGGUCCUGAAUUUCAGCAUGGGGAAACCACGCAUUCUAUUUAACAACGAUGGUCAGCUGCAGGAUGUAUAAUCACAAGAUACAGAUAGGGUGGCCAGACAAAUGUAUGAAGUUGUGACUUGCUAUGAUUGAAUACAGUUUCUUCCUCAUGGCUUA